AUGUACGAUAUAAAUAAGUCAAUAUGUGCCGAGAUAAAAAGUGCGGAACUUGAUGUAUUAAACAGUGGGGAGUUGAGAAGAAUAUCUAUGGGUAAAUACGAAAAUGAGAAAUAUGAAUAUGAAAAAACUCAUAAAAGUGGAGUUGUUACAAAAAUGUAUUAUGACCCGAAAUAUGGUACUAUUGAUCAUAAUCAAAUAUGUUCAGUAUGUUUUGAAAGGCACGAGAAUUGUACAGGUCAUAUUGGUCAUAUUGAAUUUGUUCUUCCGUUAUUUAAUCCAUUAUUUUAUAAAGAAUUACAAGAAUUAUUAAAUUUGAUUUGUUAUCAUUGUUAUAAUUUUUGUUGUUCUGAGGAUGUUAUUUUUUUAUUAAAACAUAUUUUUCAAUUGAAAUCUUUGAAUCAAAUUGAAAGCACGAAUAAAAUAAAAUACAAAAAAAAUUGUGAUUAUGAAUAUAUAAUUGAUCAAGUGGAGAAAUUAUAUAAAAAAAUAUGUAAAGAUUCAAAUAUUUCUUUAGACGACAUUGUUGAAGCAAUAUAUGAUGAUUAUGAAAAUGUUCAUGAGGACAAAGAUGGAAAUUUUGAUGCAUCAGUUGAUCUUUUGGAUUCUCUGGAAAAGAUAAAAGAUGAGACGGAUGAAAAAAACAAAAAUAAUAAUAAUAAUAAUAAUAAUAAUAAUAAUAAUAAUAAUAAUGUAGAUAUAAAUGUUGAUAAUAAUAAUAAUGUACAUAUAGAUGUUGAUAAUAAUAAUAAUAAUGUAGAUAUAGGUGUUGAUAAUAAUAAUAAUUAUUUUAAUAACGAUCUUGUCGACUUAGCUCCAAAUGAAGAAAUUUAUGAGGAAGAAACGGACGCAGCAAGAAGCGAUGAUAACAAAGAAAACAAACCAGAUUAUAACAAAUUAAAAGAAAGAAUUAAGAAAUAUAAAUUUGAUCCAAAUAAAUUAGCAUUUCAAUCAAAUUAUAAUUAUGAAGAAUAUUUAAUAUUAAGUAAAACUAUAAAACUUCAUAUGAAAAAAAGUAGCAAAUGCUGUUUUUGUAAAUUUCAAAGAAAUAUAAGUGCGAAGGUAUCACAAAGAAGAGAUACCAUAAAUUUCAUAGGAGUACACACAAACAACCCUUUUUUUAAAAAGUAUAUGCCUAAGAAAAAACAAAAAAAAAAUGAAAAAGAUGAUCAAGAAGAUAUAGAUGACUUGGAAAAUAUGAAUAAUAUUGAUGAUAUAAAUUAUAAUGAUGAUGCAGACAACAUGCAGCAUAUGAAUGAUGAUGAAAAUCAAUUGAACAGUAUUCCAUCGAGGAACGAAAAUAAUAAACUAAUGAUAAAAAGGGAAAGUAAAAAAAUUGAAUACAACAAUAAUAUUAAUGAUGAAUCGAUAAAAAUAGAAGAGGAUAAUAAUGAAGGUGAUGAUGAUGAUAAACAAAUGGAUAGGGAUGGUAGUUAUCCAUUUAAUAAUAAUAAUAAUAAUAAUGGUGAUGAUGAUAAUGAGAAUUAUAAUAAACUAAGUGGUGGAUAUGAAAAUUCUUUUAACGAAAUAUCAACAGAUAAUAUAACAAAGGAUAAAAAUAAAAGUUCUACCUUUACAGAUAUGGUCAAUCAUUAUAAUAGAACACAACCUCCUAAAGAGAAAUGUACCAUACGUUUAUUCAGUUUUCAGGUUAUAGAUAUAUUAAAAAAGAUUUUUGAAAAUAAUAAUAAAGAUAUUAUAAAUUUGUUAUAUCCAUUUACUAAAAGAGAUGGUUAUAAGAAAUUUUUUUUAUAUGAUAUGGGUGUUAGUGGAAAUAGAUUCAGAAGUCAAUCAAAGGGUAUACAUGUUCGAACAAAAAUAACAAAUACGUUAUGUAGAUUUAAUAAUUUUAUAAAGUUAUGUAUAAAUGCAAAGAAAAAGGUUGAUUUUGAUUAUUUAUUAGAACAUAAUAAGAAGGAUUUAAAAUUAUAUAAAGAUAUGUUUUCUGUUUUUUCUUUAAAAAUGAAAUAUAAAUUUAAUAAUAAUAUAAUGGAUGAUGAUACAGAUAUAACAAAGAUGGAUUUUUUAAAAUAUUAUACAUUAGUAUAUAAUAAUAAAAGUGCAUAUAUAAAUAUAUUGUUUAGUACCUUACAGUUAGGUGUUAAUACAUUUUAUGAUUCAACCUUAACAGAAAAGCUUAAUAAUAAACAUUUAAAAAAUAUAAGUAUAAGACAGAUAUUAGAUAAAAAAGAAGGAAUAUUAAGAAAAAAUAUUAUGGGGAAAAGAGUAAAUAAUUGUGCACGAACUGUUAUAUCUCCAGAUACAUUUAUUGAAACCAAUCAAAUAGGGAUGCCUAUUGAAUUUGCAAAGGUGUUAACUAUAGAUGAAUACAUAACACAAAACAAUUUUAGUUAUAUAAAAAAGUUAAUACAAAAUGGACCCAAUAUAUAUCCAGGUGCACUUAGUUAUAGAGAUUCAAAUGGUAGAGUAUUUAAACUAUCACAUAAAUAUGAAGAUAGAUUAAAAGUUAUUGAAAAAAUAGAAAAAUUGAAUUUUCAAACCGAAAAUUGUUAUAUACUUCAUAGACAUGCACGUGAUGGAGAUGUAGUAAUAAUGAAUAGACAACCUACAUUACAUAAAUUUUCUAUUAUGGCCCAUUAUUUGAAAAUAUUUGAAAAAGAAAAAGUUUUUAGAUUAAAUUAUGUUAAUUGUAGUUCAUAUAAUGCAGAUUUUGAUGGAGAUGAAAUGAAUUUACAUUUAUUACAAACACCAUUAGCUAGAGCUGAAGCAACACAUUUAAUGAAUUGUGAUUUUCUAUUUACAAGUUUUAAAGAUGGUUCACCACUCAGAGGUUUAGCUCAAGAUUUUAUUCUUGGUGGUUUACAUUUAACAUCUUUAGAAACAUUUUUAAAUUAUGAUGAAUAUUGCAAUUUAUUGCAAUGUUCAUUGAACUCUUUAAUAUCUCAGAAGAAUUCAUUUUUUAUUAAGAAGAAAAAGAAUAAUAAUAAUAAUAAUAAUAAUAAUAAUAAUAAUAAUAUUAAUAAUAACACCAACAGAAGUAAUAGUGUUAUGAAAAACACAAGGAAUUCACAAUAUAAUAUACAAAAUGAUUUAAAUAAUAACAGCAAUAAAGAUAAUUAUCUUAAAAAGAUGAGCAUUCUAAAAAACCAUCAAUCGUUAGAAGAUAAUGUAAAAAUAUCACAUGCUGUAUCAAAUGAAGAAGGAAGAAAUAAUUCUAUAUAUGAAUCAACAAAUAAUGUAUUGAAACCACAAGAUAUAGAUAUUUUAAAAGAAAUAAACCAUGGUGAACAAUUUAAUGGUAAUGUUUUAAAAAUAACAAAUUAUAAUUAUCUAGAUCCAUAUGCUAUUAUAUUAAACAGAACCAGUUUUACUAUUAUUACUGAAGAACCCGCAAUUCUAUAUCCCAAAAAAUUGUGGACAGGAAAACAAUUAAUAACAAGUAUAUUAAAAACAGUUAUUGAUAAGGUAGCUAUAGAAACAUAUAAUAAAUAUAAUGAUAAUGAAUUUAUGAAUACAUAUAAAGGAAUUAAUUAUGUGGCUAAAGCAAAAACAUCACCAGAUUUAUGGUCAUUUGAUCCAUUAAAAGAAAAUGAAGUUAUUAUAAAAAAUUCAGAAUUAUUACAAGGAGUAUUAGAUAAAUUACAUUUUGGUGCAAGUUCAAAUAGUUUAGUUCAUUUAUGUCAUGAAUUAUUUGGUCCCAAAACUAGUGCUGUUAUGUUAGAUUGUUUUGGAAGAUUAUUUAUAAAUUUUCUACAACUACGUGGUACUAGUUUAAGUUUAUAUGAUUUUAUAUUGAAUAAAAAUGCAAAGAAAGAAAAAAGUCUUAUUAAAAAAAGAAUAUCAUUUACAGGUUUUUAUUUACAAAAUUUAUUUGUCUAUUCUAUAGCAAAUUCUGUAAAUGCUGAUAUUACUGAAAUGAAUUCUUAUACAAAAAAAAAAAUGAAUACAGGUAACCAAAGGAAAAAAUUAAUACUAAAUAAAAUGUAUGAUUUAUAUGAAAAACAAAAUGAACUUAUAAAUAAUAAUUUUAAUGAGAAUGGAAAUUAUUUAAACAAAAUGAAAAAAAAAAGAAAUAUAAAAAAUGAUAGCGAUAUGAUGAAGGAUGAAAAUAUUUUAUCUAUAUCACAAAAUUCUUAUUUACUUGCUUUGUUAAAUAAAGAAUUACAAAAUAUGAUAUACCACAUUUUAAAUGAAGUACAAUUUUGUGAUGAUGAUGUUUCUUUAUUAAAUAAAGAAAAAAAAAAAAAACAAAAGGAAAAUAAAAUUGCUAACACGUGUAUUAAUUAUAAACAUAAUAAUUCACAUGUUAAUGAUGAACAAAAUUGUAAUUCUUCUUUAUAUUCAUGUGUUCAAUAUGUUCUUAAUAAAGAUCUUUUUAAUUUAUAUGAAAAAUAUUUAAAUGGAAAAAAUGAAGAAGGAAAUAAACAUAUAUCAUAUAAUAAUUGUCAAAUAGAUAAAAGAAAUAAUCAUUUCUUAAAUUCUAUAACAAACAAAUUAUAUAAAGCUUUAAAAGAACCUACCUUUUUUAAUUCUACUAGUUAUACUAUUAAAAAAAUUACAAAAGUUAUUGAAAAAGUGCUUACAUUUUUAAAAGCAGCUAGAUGUAACAAGAGAUUGAAAAUUUAUAUUAUAUUUGAAUUAUUUCAAAAUAAAAAUAUUAUGAAAUAUUUCCCUUCCUUAGUUAAUUAUAUAAAUAACUUUCAUUUUGAUCUAAGUAAUGAGGAAAUUAUUAAAAAUGUUAUAAAUAAUAUAUAUUUUAAGGAAGAUGACGAAUCGCACAUAUCAUCUGUAAAUAUUAAAGUGGAAGACCAUUGUAAUAAAGAUAUAAAAUUUAAAGGUGACCAAGAAAUGAACGAAUUUAUAGAUAACGAAAAAAUAAAAAAGAAAGGAAAAUUUUCGCAAGAAAAAACCAUUCAAGAAAUAAAAAAAUAUAAGUUGAAAAAAUUUCUUCAUUUUUAUGCCGAAUUACAUAAAAAAUGUAAUUAUGAAGAAGGAACAGGAUAUAAUAUUGACGAACAGAAUAAUUAUAAUAUUGAUGAAAAGGAUUAUAUGAAUGAUUAUAAUGAUAAUAAUAAUAAUGAUAAUAAUAAUGAUAAUAAUAAUGAUAAUAAUAAUGAUAAUGAUAAUAAUGAUAAUAAUAAUUUAUUUAGAAGAAGUUUCGUCAAAAGCGAAAUGAUGAAUGUAUAUCAUACAAGUGAUGAUGUAUAUGAUGAAAAGAUGAUAAGAAAUUGUUUAGUGUCAAGUUUACCGUCGUUUACCUUAAAUGAUGAAAUAACUAAUUUAUCAUAUAAUGGGAAACAUCAAUAUUAUGAAGAUUAUUUAUGUUCCAAAAAAAAAGAUGAAGAAGAUUUAAAUUUUAAAUAUUACAAUAUGGAUGAUGUAUUUUAUAAAAUGGAAUAUUUAAUACAUAAUUAUUUUUAUUUAAAAAGAUCAGAUUUUGACAAUUUAAUUGAUUCAUUAUUUCAACCAUAUUUAUGUAGAGUAUCAUCAGGAACGAAUAAUUUAAUAAAUAUGAAUAAUUUAAUGAAUAAAUUUUUAAAUAAUGGUUUUAGUAAUAUGAUUUUUACUGGUGCUAAAGGUAGUAAAGUCAAUUAUUCUAUGAUUUGUGGUAUGUUAGAUCAGCAAUAUUUAGAAGGUAAAAGAGUACCUAGAAUGAGAUCUGGAAAAACAUUACCAAGUUUUCAUAGAUAUGAUUAUGGAGCUAGAUCAUGUGGUUUAAUUACAGAUUGCUUUUUAGAAGGUUUAAGACCACAGGAAUAUUUUUUUCAUUGUAUGUCAGGAAGAGAAGGUUUAAUAGAUACUGCAGUAAAAACAGCAAAAUCUGGUUAUAUACAAAGAUGUUUAAUUAAAUGUAUGGAAUCGGUUAUAUUACAUUAUGACGGUACGGUUAGAAAUGAAGAUAAUUCAAUUAUUCAAUUUUUAUAUGGUGAAGAUGGUAUUGAUCCUUCUAAAACAGCUUAUUUAGAUUUAUCAAAAGAUUUAUUACAUAAUUAUCAUCUUUCAUUUAGUAAAUAUUUAAAUAAUAAUAUGCAUAGUAAAAUAUUAAAUAAUCAAGAAUUAUUUUUAAAGCAUGAAAGAGAUAAUGAUACAAAAGAUAAUGAAGAACCAUUAAUUAGUAAAUAUAAUCCAUAUACAUAUAUUGGUAGUGUUUCAGACAAAUUCAAUAAUAAAUUAAAUAGUACUCUUUUAUGGAAUGAUUUAAAUUUCCCUGAAUAUGAAAAUUUACCUAUAAAUUUUGAUACUUUAUCAUCAUCUCUUUUAAAAUCAAAAUAUUAUAAUUCUUUAUGUAAUCCUGGGGAAUCUAUAGGUAUAUUAGUAGCUCAAUCAUUUGGUGAACCCGCUACACAAAUGACAUUGAAUACGUUUCAUUUAGCUGGUACAGAAAACGUUACUAUGGGUAUUCCAAGAUUAAAAGAAAUAUUUUUAACAUCAAAAUUGACAUCUAAACCUAUGAUAUAUGUACCUAUAAAAUUACAAGUGGAUAAUUUAAAAAAUGAUGCAAAUAAAAUGAAAAAUUAUAUUACAAGUAUUGCAGAUAAAAUUUUAAGUAGUUAUAAAAGUAUAUUUUUAACUGAUGUUAUAUAUGGUAUUGGUGUCGAUAGGAAAAUAAUAUUAAAAGAAAAUCAGAACGAACAAAAACAUACUAUUAAUUUAUCAGAUAUUAUAAAUAUGAAUGAUGAAGAAUUAAAUGCAGAUACUCAGCUAACCAAAAUAAAUAAUGUUUUAAAAAAUUGUAAUAUUAAUUUUGAUAUGAAAAAAGAAUGGAAUUAUGAAAUUAUAAUUCAAUUUGAAAAUUUAUAUCAUUUUUGUAAUAUUAAUAAGCAUUUAACAAUAUCAUUUAUACUUUACAAAGUAGUAAAUGCUUUAUUAAAUUCUGUGUUAAAUAAAGUUCAUGAAACUUUUGUAUUUCAUAAUUUGAUAAAUAUGAAUUCAUUAAAUCAUGAAUAUUAUGAUGAGUUAUAUGAUUUCAUAAGUAAAAAAAUGUCAGAAGAAUUUAAUUUUAAUAUGGAUAAAUAUGAAUAUAAAGAUGAUGAACAUCAAAUUAAUGCAAAGUUAAAAUUCAUGGAAAAAGAAAAUGAACGUUAUGAUUCUAAAAGAGGCACAAAUAAUAAUAUAUCAGGUGAAUAUCAAAAUGCUUCUCAUACUAUAACUAGCCAUAUGGAAGAUGACUCUCCAAUGAAAUCAUAUAAUGAUAUUUCAAAUAAGGAAAAUAUGUCUCCUUAUGACGAUGGAAAAGGAAAGGAUGGAGAGCGUGAUCAAGAUGAUAUGUCUGAUAUUGAACUGAAGGAUAAUUCUGAAAAAAAUUCCAACAGUGAUCAAGCUUCGAAAGAUGGUGAUAGUGACACGGACGAAGAGGAAGAAGAUGAUGAAUUAAAAUCAGAGAAGGAAAAAGAAGAGGAUGAAAAAGAAUAUGACGAGGAGGGAGAAAGUGACGCGAGCAGUAAAAUUGAUAGUGACCAUAAAAGUGAUAGUGAUCAUAAAAGUGAUAGUGAUCAUAAAAGUGAUAGUGAUCAUAAAAGUAAUAGUGAUCAUAAAAAUGAUAGUGAUAUGGAUAGUGAUAAUGAUAUUAAUAUGGAUAGUGAUAGUGAAUCAGAGAUGGUGAGUUCAAAUAAAAAAGAAAUUAUAAAUAUAAAUAAUAAAGAUAAUUACUAUACUAAUAGAAAUUCUAGUAAUGAAUCCAAAUUAUCAGAAUGUUCCAAUACUAGAGGUAGUACUGUAAAUUAUUUUUCAUCCGAAACAAGUGCUACACAUCAUAUAUUAGUAGAUGAAGAAGAAUCAAGUAUUUUUCCUAAUUUGAAAAAUAAAAAAUUAAAUAAUAUUAAUGAUAAUAAAAAUAUGUCUUCAACUACCGUUUCAUCUUCAUUAUCAUCAUCAUCAUUAUCAACACCAUUAAAUAAAAAAAAUAUUGAAGAUGAUGAACAUAUAAAUAAUAUUCAUUUUAUAGAAAAAAAUAAAUAUAAUGAAGAAAUGGAUAAUAAAGAAGAAUUUAUUACGAAAUCAUUUACCAAAUUAUCUUAUGAUUAUAAAAAUAAUAUUAAUUUAAUAUCUUCAGAUGAUGAUCAAGAAAAUAUUGAACAAAAUGAAGAAGGACAAAAAAUGAAAAAAAGUGAACAAAGAUAUGUUAAAAAUAUUAUUGAUAAAAUCAAAAGUAGCCUACUUUGUUUUAUUAAAAAUAUACAUUUCUCACCUGUAACAUGGAUCUUAAAAUUAAAUAUUGGAUGGGAUAUCAACUUUUUCCCAUAUCCUAUCGAUUUUUUAAAUCAUAUCAAAUCAGAAAUUAAUAAAGAAGUUUUAUUCAAAGUAAAAGAUCUAAAUAAUCCAAAAAUUUUAAAGGGUAAAGAUAUUACACAUAGUGGAGCAGAAUAUGAAUUACAAAUUGAAGGAAAAAAUAUUUAUAAAUUGUAUAAUAUUAAAGAUAAAUAUAUUGAUAAAACAAAAUUAUAUUGUAAUGAUAUUUAUGCUAUUGUUAAAACAUAUGGUAUAGAAGCAGGAAGAUUAUGUAUAACCAAGGAAUUAAAAAAAGUUUUCGAUGCUUAUGGUAUACAAAUCGAUUUUAGGCAUUUGUCAUUUAUAAGUGAUUUCAUGACACAUACAGGUGAUUUGAAAGCUUUUAACAGACACGGGUUGGGAUAUUUCCGUAACGUUUUUCAUAAAAUGAGUUUUGAAUGUGCUACGAACUUUUUAAUACAAGGAUGUAUACACAAUUCAAUUGAUUACUUAUCAACGGCAUCAAGUAGCUUAUUUUUUGGUAAACAUAUAAAAGUAGGUACCAAUUUAGCGGAUAUUGUAACAUGCAUAGAUAAAUAA